UCCUCCCCUUUUCUCCCUGGUUGGGACGGCGGCCAGAACUGCUUUCCACGACUGGGUCGGGUCUGAUCUCAACAACCUGGUCUGGGGGAGUCACUCCAUAGGACAUCCACUGCCCCGGAACUCUGCCAAGUCGGGGGUGGGUCAGGUGAACGAGCUUAGGGGAGCCCCCGCCCUUCCCUGCUGCUCAGCGUCACGCGUGACGUCCCGGUGAUGGCUGGGAGGAAAGCGGAGAGCGGCGAGGAAGGCGGGUCUGAGAGCUUCUAGAGGUUGAAAACCCCGGAAAGCGAACUCAAGAAUAGCUGCCCCGGAUUAAUUGCUGCUGGUGAAUCAACCACACACAUGUAAAUCCUGCAUCAGGCCACAAAAAGGCCACAGAGUCAGGAAAGCUGCAUUCUUGGUUCUGGUCUUCCCUCCCGCUCUUCAGUGGCCUUAGGUCCCUGGCUAAAACACUACCUAGGGAACAACUCCUCCUCCACCCUUGUUUCUGGAUCAGGAGUCACCUUGAGCAUCUGCAGGCACUGAAGAUGGGUGACUUGCCCUUAAAUAUCAACAUCCAGGAGCCUCGAUGGGACCAAAGCACAUUCCUGGGCAGAGCCCGGCACUUCUUCACGGUCACUGAUCCCCGAAAUCUGCUGCUGUCUGGGGAACAACUGGAAGCUUCCCGGAACAUCGUGCAGAAUUACAGAGCUGGUGUGGUAACCCCGGGGCUCACUGAGGAUCAGCUAUGGAGAGCCAAAUAUGUGUAUGACUCAGCAUUCCAUCCGGACACCGGGGAGAAGGUGGUCUUGGUUGGCCGCAUGUCGGCCCAGGUGCCCGUGAACAUGGCCGUUACUGGCUGCAUGCUCACCUUCUAUAGGAAGACUCCGACUGUGGUGUUCUGGCAGUGGGUGAAUCAGUCCUUCAACGCCGUCGUGAAUUACUCUAAUCGCAGUGGGGACACUCCCAUCACCGUGCGGCAGUUGGGAACAGCCUAUGUGAGUGCCACCACUGGGGCUGUGGCUACUGCUCUGGGACUCAAGUCUCUCACCAAGCACCUACCCCCGCUAGUCGGGCGAUUCGUGCCCUUUGCAGCUGUGGCCGCUGCUAACUGCAUCAACAUCCCCCUGAUGAGGCAGAGGGAGCUGCAGGUGGGCAUCCCGGUGACAGAUGAGGCUGGUCAGAGGCUGGGCCACUCGGCGACUGCUGCCAAACAGGGGAUCUUUCAGGUGGUGAUAUCGAGAAUCGGCAUGGCGAUUCCUGCCAUGGCCAUUCCCCCGGUGAUCAUGAACACUCUGGAAAAGAAAGACUUCCUGAAGCGCCGCCCCUGGCUCGGGGCGCCCCUGCAGGUGGCACUGGUAGGCUUCAGCUUGGUAUUUGCCACACCUCUGUGCUGCGCUCUGUUCCCUCAGAGAAGCUCCAUACAUGUGACCAGGUUGGAGCCGGAACUGAGAGCUCAGAUCCAAGCACAAAACCCCAGCAUCGAUGUGGUUUACUACAACAAGGGGCUUUGAGGGGAGUCAGCCUCUGUCCCCGUCCUUACCUCCUUAGGCUGCUUCUCUGGUGCCACUUUGUAAUGCUACCACCUGUUUAUCUUCUGGGAACCGGGCAAGGGGGCCAAAUAUGGGGAACAGCCACUGAGACCAGCAACCUUAGACUGGGGGAGGCACCCCAUAAGCCUACUCUCUCCUCUCUGGUUUCAAAGAGCAAGUCACAAAACCCAUCCCUCCCUCCUGUGUUUGUGUGUGUGUGCACAGACACACAUAUACAGCACAUGUAAGUGUUUAUACAUUUGGUCCUGGAAGCUAAGAGCAGAAAUGCUGUUCUAGAAUGUCCUGAUAUUUGUCUUCUCUCCUCUUUGUCACCUGCCCACACCCACCUAACAGCAAGCCUGAUUAUGGGUGAGACUUCCUUCCCUAAACUGUUCCUCUGGUCAAGUCGUUUCUGAUAGCACCUUAGCCUUCUGCACCCAAGAUAAGCCCUAGGGUCCCAGAACACGGAUUUGAAGGACAUCAGCAGGCCACCCAGAGCUUAACCAUUCAGGUUUCGAAUAGCUAGCUCUAAAAGCUGAUUCAGGACCUGGGCUGGCAGAGGAAGCAGUGAGGGAUUAGGGAGGCAGGGGGCUCCUGCUGGACCCCACACCCCACAAUGGCUCCACUCCUCUCUUCUCCUCGUGGAACAUGGGGAUGUCAAUAGCCUGCACCACUCUCCGCACUGCAAUGUGGGUGCUUUUAGAGACAGUCUUGAGCAUUCUUGGUCUGUCCUGAUGAGCCAUGUCAUGACUCAGACAGAAAUCCCACACUUACAAUUUCUUCCCCCAAUCAGAAAGCCACACAGGCAAAGCAAGUAUUCCCUUCAGGAACUGCCACCACCCAUACCCACUUAUGGGGGGACCGGUGUGGGACUGGUGCUUAAACACAGGCCUCAAACUUACAAUAGCAAGACAGGUAAUUCUGUGUUUCAUCGACUCUUCUUAGACACACCUCCCACCUCAGCUCCUUCUUUUCCAUCUAGCCCAUCUGGAAGAACCCAGGGCUUCCGAGCUUCAUAUAUGCUAGGCAAGUGCUCUACCACUGAGCUACAUCCCCAGUACCCCUUCCUUUCUUCCUGUCUGAAAGUGUCUGUCUUUCUUUCUUUUUUGUUUGUUUUUGUUUUUUAACUAUGGUUUCUCGGUGUAGCCCUAGCUGUCCUGGAACUCAGAGAUCUGAUAGCCUAUGGCAGUGAGUGCUGGGAUUAAAGGCAUGUGCCACCAUUGCCAGCAGCCUGUCUCUUUCUUAAGACAUGGCCCUGCACUCCCUCUGUCCUUAAUUUCAAAAGGAGGAGGGACCCAGGCCUUAAGAGCUGGACCAAAUGGAAGCUGGGCUUACGGAAGGUGUGGGUGGUAGUGACUCCAGGCCACAGAACUCUAUCCCCACUCUAAAUCCAUGAUCUCUAGCUAAAAGGUGAACGGGGUCUGCAGAACUCUAUCUCCACUCUAAAUCCAUGAUCUCCAGCUAAAAGGUGAACGGGGUCCCCAGUGACAUCCACGGAGACCAUUUUUACUAAAUCCCCCCUCCAAUGACAACAGCUGUCAUGUCACAGUGUCAAUAAACUGCAAUCCUGUCUGGUUCUUGA